AUGUCCAACCACGCCAACGAUGCAAGCGAGCCAUGGGAUUACGACUCGACUGCUGUUAUCGAAGCCAUGAUUCUCGCCAUGUCUGCGUCACUCAAAGACGACAUUCGAUUCCAAAGAUUUCUUUAUGAAAGUGAGAUUGCGAAAGAGAAGAAAGGCGCGCCUUUAGAAAUUGAGGAAAUGAAGGCGAUCUGCCAGAAGUCGAAGGAUGAUCUCGAGCACGAGCUUGGAGUUGAAUGCAUCUGUCAGGACUGUUGGGCAAGACUUCAAAUGAAAGGGGCAGUAGACAAGGAAUUCAAGAACGCGGAAGUCAAAGAGAUGAAAGUUGAGAAUAAGGAAGCCAAUAAGAUGGGGGAGGGGGGGAUUGGUUUUAACACAGUUGCUGGUGGAGCUACGGUCUCAACCGAGGGGCCCGCAAACGAAGCGACCAAUUUACCCAUCGGGAACAACAUCCAUUCAGACCCCACGACUUCGAAUGGUACAUUGGAAAGAAACGUCACCGGGUAG